GCGUUCGUAAAUCCAAUUGGGAAACUUGACACCUAUUAGAGACUACGGACACUUCAUCUCAAAAACAGAUUUAUUUUUGUAUUGGCAAGUAGGAGAAAUUGAGUUGUAUUUUUUUUUUAUCUAUUAGUAAGUACUCACGAAUUACAUGCAGAAUACAAACAAUUGCGUCAGCCGGCAUCGUAAGUGCAACCUGCAGUUUAAAAUAUACAGAAUAUACCACUUCGAAGCAAGUAGCAAAUUAUCGGUAGCCCAGUUAUCGAUAGCUUAGCUGUUGCUCUGGUAUUAUCGUGCGAAAAACAAAUCCAAUUGGAUAAACUUGAAGCAGAUUCCGCCAUGGAUUUCAUUGAGCGAGAAUUAUCAGAUAUACGCGCUAAUUGUGAAGAGCAAACCAUUAAAUUAAUCACCUGUAAUGCAACAUUAGUGCGCAUAGAUUUGCUGCCGCAACGGCCAAAUCGCAGCAUGACAGUUUGUUUACGUUUUCCGGAGGAUUAUCCGCAACGUUGCUCGAUUCUUGUGGAGCUCAAAAGUCGCGUCUACUCAGAUAAGUUGCUGGCGGAGCUCACCCGACUGUUGGACGAACAUGCCAAACAGCAUUUGGGCAAACCACAAGCGCUACUUGUACUUCGCUUUGCCCUGCAAUAUCUGUCGGAUAAUCCACUCUGCAUUUGCCUGGACGAGAUCAAGCAACUGCGUCAGGAUCUCAAAUCGGAUAACGUAAGUCAGCUGAAGCUGCGACAACGCAACAGCUGCGUCGAAAUAACUGCACGUGGUGGUCAAUACUACUAUCGCUUGACAGCCGCUGUGCCCGACGAUUAUCCGCAGCAAGCGGUCGAUUUGCGCGGCCAGGAGUCAAAUCUACCCAAUGUCCUGCUACGAUAUCUCAACGGACAAUCGCGUGAGAUUGCCCGGCAAUGUGUUGAGCCACCAUUGCGUCUCAGCAAAGAUGAAUUGGCCAAUUUCCGACCAUCUCGAAGUUUGUAUCGCACGUUGAAGUUUUGCUUGGAGGCCACACGUGACUUUCACUUGGAGUUGUGUCCCAUUUGUGAUAAUCCUGUGCUACCACAGCAGCCAGAGAAUGUGGUGCUUGAUGAUCGUGACGAUGCGUUUGUGGAACGAGUUUAUUGUGGGCAUCUCUUCCAUCAGGGCUGCCUCAAACUUUAUCUAUCAGAGCCUCCGUUUCCCAAGUCGGGCAAACUGUGUCCAGCCAAGCGACGUCAUCCUCGCUCCGAUGCUCAUAGCUACAUGGGCAAAGGAGCGAUUACAGCUGGUACAUCCUCUGGAAUUAAACUGGAUAAUAGCGAUAAUCGAUGUGGCAUCAAAUUGGCCCACGAUCGUUGGGUUGUCAGUGUAAAGACAGCCGAGGCACGCUGGGCACAAAAGCAGGCGCGACAACGCGAGCUCGAGGAAGUGGUGGAUUUUUUUACAGUAAGUCGCAAGCGAAAGAAGACUUCGUUUUGUAUAUAA